ACGUCUGUUAGCCCCGCUCCACCCUUGGUCAUGUUUGCAUGCGCAACAGUGCCGCUCGCUCCUCACACAAGGAGUGCGAGUCGAGGGCCGAUGUGAUCGUUGGCCUUCACAUCCCCCACCAUCCAAACCGGUGGCAAAUGGCGGGUUUUCUAAAUCGGGGCUUAUGCCCCUCGAUCUUCAGGUUUACAAGGCAUCUGAGAGUAACGACAGUCCCCGAAAUUCAUCAUGUAACAAUUCUCUCACUCAACACGUUUUCCACGGGUUUUCAGCAUUCAGACUGGUUAAGGUGCUUACAGUUGCAGAGGAAGGAAAUUCAUUCAUCAACUUUGAGAAGAAUGGAAAAUGCAAGUUUACUGGAUGAAGCCACAUAUGAGAGACUUGCAGAAGAAACAUUGGACCUUUUAGCUGACUUCUUUGAAGAUCUUGGAGAUCAACCAUUUGUUCCAAAAGACUAUGAUGUAACAUUUGCGAAUGGUGUGUUGACAAUAAAUAUGGGAGAAGCCUUGGGGACAUAUGUGAUUAAUAAACAGACUCCAAACCGACAAAUCUGGUUAUCAUCUCCCAUCAGUGGGCCUAAGCGAUACGAUUGGACCGGGAAAAAAUGGGUCUAUUCUCAUGAUGGAAUUUGUUUACAUGGUCUGCUCACGAAGGAGUUCUCUACAACAUUCAAGACCCAAGUGGAUGUACUUUCAGUAGCAGAUGUCAGUGAUGUAUGACCUAGCAAAAAAAAUCUAAGAACUAUUUCCAAAAGCUGUUUUAUAAAAGAUAAACACUUUUGGAUUUAUUAUGUUUGAAUCUCUUGUUCCUGUGACAGUUUCUGACAUGCUGUAAAGACCGCAAGUUGUCCCAAAGUAAACUGCCUUGUUGGA